CGCCUCCAAACCACCGCUGGGGAGCCGCUUUCGCGGCCGCUUUCUUUUCCUCCUCUCCUCUCUCCGCUCCUCAUGGGCGCGGUGCAUGGCGUGUCCUUGAAAUAUGUGGCCUUUGGCUCCAUUGCUGCUUUGACGGCUCGCUGGAUCACGCCGGUGGCAUUGGAGGAGCUGAUCUUUGAGGAAGAAGUGGAGCUGAAUGGGUUGGACAAUUUGCAGUUGCUGUUCGGCCUGUAUUUGUACAAUGUGAGCAUCAUCAACUUGGUCAUUGCCAUGCUCUUCAAUCUCAAGCUCGGCAUGGGCAUCUUGGGGAAGGACACUGCGACGGGUGCAAUCCCACUUUGGUCUUAUGUGGUUUUCUCAGGCUUCCACUGUCCAACGCUGGUCUACACCAAAAUCCAGCACGCGCGAGACCAGAAGUCCGGAGUGGCACCAGCAGAUGAAGUUGAUCCAGGCUGGUGGGUGGGUGGCCGCUACAGCCAUGAGCUCGGCAGGCGAUGGGCAGGGACCAUCGACUUGACCUGUGAGUUCCCCGAGCUGAGCAUCCAGGUCGGUCUUGGGAAGGACAAGUACUUGCUCGUUGAGUGCUGGGAUGGGGUCCCUCCCACAGUGGAGCAGCUCGAGGAAGCUGCACAGUUUGCCGUGGCGCAACAUGAACGAGGUGACGUCUUAGUUCACUGUGCCCAUGGCCGUGGCCGAUCGACCACCACACUGUGCGCAUGCCUGGUCCGUGCAGGGCGGUAUCCGACCUGGGAGGAUGCGUUUCUUGCCAUCAAGCAGAAGCGCAAAGUGGUGAAGCUGAACCGCUCCAUGAAGCGAGUGCUGACGGAGUGGCAAGCGAAGUACAGCACCAAGGUGAAAUGAGCCGGAGAGCCUCCGAAAUCUAGACAUCAACUCUUGCCUCAGAGCAGGUCGAACAAUUGAUGUCUAUCAAGACACUAAAUGAAUUUAAAUGAUCAUGUGAAACCAUGUUGCCUCGUUCAACGCUUCGUUCAUUGACUCGUGACUGACCGGUCGUCCUCGGACGGACUCCGACGGAUCCUCUCGGAUCGUCUCGGGCGAGUGCCAAAAGGGACCGUCCGACUGGUAGAGUGGGGAGAUGUGGGAAGCGUGGUUUUAGACAACACGCGCACACACAUGCGUCUGC